AAGAGGGUAAGCACUUUGGCCGUGUUUUCUGCAAUUUUGCUGGUAAGUGCUCAUUACCUGAAGCACCGUUAGCUCCAUUCCAUAAACACAUCUCUAUUGUUUCUUUCUUCUCUCUACUCAUUAUCUAAUCCUUUGUUUCACCUCUUCAGAGUGAUUCAACACCGCAAACCGUCAGAUUGUCCUACUGAAUUCUUAUGCAAGUAACAUUUUUAGUUCCUGUUCUGUGUCAGCAUCCUCACGAAUAAUUGGAGUUCUGAAUGUGUUUGUGAAGUACAAAUUGUGCCAUAGAUACUCAGUUAUGGGUGGGAAUUCACUGGUGAAUCUCAGUAAUGGUGAUGCACGUACACAGUCUGAUCCCCAGAGGACAUACCAAGUUGUGGUGGCUGCAACUCAUAACAUGGGCAUUGGGAAGGAUGGCAAGUUACCAUGGACAUUGCGUUCUGACCUUAAAUUUUUCAAGGAGAUCACGAUGAAUACGACUGACCCUGGGAAGAAGAAUGCUGUGGUAAUGGGGAGGAAAACUUGGGAAAGUAUUCCCCUCAAGUAUCAACCUCUCCCUGGUCGGCUUAAUGUUGUGCUGACUCGUUCUGGGAGUUUUGACAUUUCUACUGCUGAGAAUGUUAUUACUUGUGAGAGCAUUCCAUCUGCUUUGAGAUUGUUAGCAGAAUCUCCUUAUUCUUCUUCAAUAGAGAAGGUGUUUGUUAUAGGUGGUGGCCAGGUAUUAAGGUAAGGGUAACAUGCUUCAUAUGUUUUCCUCUGUGUUGUUGAUAUGAUAGCUAUUGACAGUUUUCUAGUACAGAGAAGCACUUAACGCUCCAAGUUGUGAUGCCAUCCAUAUGACUGAGAUUGAGACGAGCAUUGACUGCGACACUUUCAUUCCUCCUGUUGAUGAUUCUGUAUUUCAGCCUUGGUACUCAUCUCCACCAAUCGUUGAGAAUAAUAUUCAGUUCUGCUUUGUAACUUUUGUUCGUGUGAGGAAUUCUGCUAUUGAAUCCGAUAUUUCAAGCAGUGGGGUGAAUUGUGAUAUUAAUAAAGAUUCUGAUAAGGUCAAGGUUGAUAGUUUUACUUUCCUUCCAAAAAUAAUUUUUAAGAAACAUGACGAGUUCAUGUAUCUGAGAUUGGUUGAAGAUAUCAUCUCAAGUGGCAACCUGAAAGAUGACACGACGGGGACUGGUACUCUAUCCAAAUUUGGUAGCCAGAUGCGCUUUAAUCUACGUAAAAGUUUUCCAAUUCUUACAACUAAGAAAGUUUUUUGGCGAGGCAUUGUUGAAGAGCUUUUGUGGUUCAUUAGUGGUUCAACAAAUGCAAAGGUCCUGCAGGAGAAAGGCAUUUAUAUCUGGGAUGGCAAUGCAUCUAGAGACUACCUCGACAGUAUUGGCUUGGCAGACAGGGAAGAGGGUGACUUAGGGCCGAUAUAUGGGUUCCAGUGGAGACACUUUGGUGCCAGGUACACCAAUAUGCAUGCUGACUACACUGGCCAAGGAUUUGAUCAGUUGGUAGAUGUCAUUGACAAGAUCAAGAAUAAACCGAAUGAUAGGCGCAUAGUCUUAUCAGCUUGGAAUCCAUCUGACCUUAAGUUGAUGGCUCUUCCACCAUGCCACAUGUUUGCACAGUUUUAUGUAGCUGGUGAUGAGCUUUCCUGUCAAAUGUAUCAGCGCUCUGCUGAUAUGGGCCUUGGUGUGCCAUUUAACAUUGCAUCGUAUGCUCUAUUGACAUGCAUGAUUGCUCAUGUUUGUGAUCUCUUACCGGGCGAUUUCAUCCACGUUAUUGGGGAUGCUCAUGUUUAUAAAACGCAUUUACAGCCUCUGCUGGAGCAGCUUCAGAAAAUUCCUAGACCUUUCCCGAUUCUGAAGAUCAAUCCACAGAAAAAGGACAUAGAUUCAUUUGUGGCCGCUGACUUCAAACUAAUAGGUUAUGAUCCUCACAAGAAGAUAGGAAUGAAAAUGGCAGUGUAGGCCCAUAGAUGACUACUUUGAGUUUUAGAGGUAUACCUUUCUCGGCCUUUUUGCUAAGAUCAAGAGUUUUAGAGGUAAUUGUAACGGUUAUUUGUGGAUUACUCCCUUUUGGGUGUCUUGUUAACAAUUUAAUUCCGAGAAACUGCAGAAAAACACCCUACGAGGCUGCUAUAUGUUUGUGUGCAUCAGUAUAUUUUGUAGUAAAAGUUGGAACAAUAAAAAAAAACCUGAUAUAAAAACAUAAAUGGAA